UCCCGCAGCAGUAGUGAGUUGUUGGCUGUGGAGCGGUUCGGUUCCACGUGGAGCCGCGGCGGGAAGGUAGAGGACUGAAGAGCGGCGGCUGCAGCGAGAGGUGCCCUUUCCAACCGCGCGGGCCUCGGCCUACUCCGCUUCCCCAGGGACGUGUUGGACGUGCGCGCAGCCAGAUGGACACUCCUCCGCUCUCAGGUUCGGACUCAGAUUCUGAUGAUUCUCUUGUCACGGACAAAGAGUUGCAGGAUGCCUUUUCCCGAGGUCUCCUGAAGCCAGGCCUCAAUGUCGUGCUAGAGGGGCCGAAGAAGGCAGUGAACGACGUGAAUGGCCUGAAACAGUGUUUGGCUGAAUUCAAACGGGAUCUGGAAUGGGUUGAAAGGCUUGAUGUCACCCUCGGUCCGGUGCCAGAAAUCAGUGGACCCCAGUCACCACCUCAGGACAAGGAUCAGAAAGCUGUUGAUCCAGAAAAUGACUUCCAGCGGGAGAUGAGCUUCUACCGUCAGGCCCAGGCCGCAGUGCUUGCAGUAUUACCCCGCCUCCAUCAGCUCAAAGUCCCUACCAAGCGGCCCACUGAUUAUUUUGCAGAGAUGGCCAAGUCUGAUCAGCAGAUGCAGAAGAUUCGACAGAAACUGCAAGCUAAACAGGCCGCCAUGGAGAAGUCUGAAAAGGCUAAGCAAUUGCGAGCACUUAGGAAAUACGGAAAGAAGGUGCAAACAGAGGUACUUCAGAAGAGGCAGCGGGAGAAAACACACAUGAUGAAUGCCAUUAAGAAAUACCAGAAAGGCUUCUCUGAUAAACUGGAUUUCCUUGACGGAGAUCAGAAACCUUUGGCACGGGGCUCGAAGGAAGGAGCUAAAGGCCAGCAGACGAAGAAGGGUCCCAAUGCCAAACGGCGCUAUAAAAACCAGAAGUUUGGUUUUGGUGGAAAGAAGAAAGGCUCCAAGUGGAACACUCGCGACAGCUAUGAUGAUGUAUCCAGCUUCCGGGCCAAGACAGCUCAUGGCAAGGGCCUCAAGAGGCCUGGCAAGAAAGGAUCAAAUAAGAGACCUGGAAAACGGACAAGAGAGAAAAUGAAGAGUAGAACACACUAAGCAACAUCUUUGUGUGCAUAGAACCAAGAAAAAGGAAUGAAGAAUUGGGAUUUCACAAUACAAUUGGAUCCCUUAGGUUGGUUUCUUUUUGUUAAAAAAAAAAAAAAUUAUUCAAUAAACUAAAAAAUUAUCAAAG